GGGUUCACCACCACAAAAGAAACUACUAGUGAGGAAUGAAUAAUUAAAAUAAUCUGGUAUCUGAAAAAAAAUUAAGUUUUUUUGGAUAAAGUUUAAGAUAUAUUACAUUAAUUUGUUUGAAAAAACUCUUAAGAUUUCGUGGAGUAUACCACUUCUACAUUGACAUAUAAUCUUAGUCGCGUAAUGUGCAUUUAAUGCUUCAUUUUCUAUUUCAUUCAGGCUCAUCCUCUGGUACUAAUUCCUCCUCAAAGGAGUCUUAUGAGCUUCUCCAUGGGUUAGAAAAACCCAGCCAGGAAAUCAAAGAUAUAUCGUUUCGUUUUGUGCUUGUACAAGAUAUUGGCGAUCGCAAGAAAACAGUUUUAUUUGAUUCUAAACAUUCUAAUAAUGAAGGCCAAGAAACGCAGCUUCGAGAUUCAUCUCAUGCGCCUUUGACUGAUUUGAUGUUUGGUGCAAUUCCAAUGUCUCAAAAAAACACAGUUACAAAGCUGCAUACCUUGCAGUCUCCUUCCCCUGCUACUCGGGAAUAUAUGCUAACUCAGCUUUUUCAGAUUAACAUGUGUGGACCGGUUGAAACUCCAGGGAACGAAAUGGCUAUGGAGGACAACAGUUUCAGCGAGCAAAAAGUGAAUAAGCAGAACGAAACUGAUUCUGACGUAUCAACCUCAAAGAUCCAAGAUUCGGCUCAAGGCGGUGCACAGACUGCGAAACCUAGUUUAGGUCACCGUAUGGGUGAAAAGGGUUCCGUAUCACCAGAAACAAACGAGAAGAGUUUUAGGAAGGAAACACAAAAUUCUUUAAAAAAGAAAUCUAAUCUAACUGAUGCUCCAUCAUCUUCCUUGUUGCAUGAGCAAAUGGAAAAGCUUUUAAGCAUUCGACCUUCACAUAGAGAGACACCGCGAUCCUCGCGUUUGAUUCCUUAUAGCCCUAGAUCUAGCUCACCUAUAAGGGUUUCCCAUUCAAGUGCUUCUGUACCAGACACAGUAUUAAAUUCUUUUUCAGGCACAAGGAAAUUAAAUGGUACUUCUUUUCCCAUUAAUAAAGAAACGGGUAAUCUAAUGGAGAGUAUGCGCCGUCGCCGGAAAAAUAGACCUCCCUCUAUCAACCUUUCUACUUCUAGCUUUAAUGGAACAAAUGGCAAGUUAUCACCAUUUCUGUUUUCUGAAACCCGCACCAGGCCUUCAACCUAUGCUUUAGCCCUAAUCAUAACUAUCCCAAUUACGUUUGAAAACUCAGUUCAUCCUCUUACAUUUUAUUGGUCCUUAUUCUCUAAUGCUACGAAAACUCUAAAAACUGAAAUAGAUAAUCAUAUCCGGGAGCUUUUAUGCGUUUCCCUGUCCAAUUCUUCGAAUUCCAAUGGAAACGCAAUUCCUCUUAUACAAUCCACUUCUUCAAAAGUCGGCUUUGGGUCUUAUUCACUUCAAAAUGAUGAAAAUAUCAUUAUGAAAAUACAACAAUGUCUAAGAAUUUUAAAAGCUGGUAUAUUAGCUCCGUUAAUACAACCUUCAGUAUUUUCCAGCAAUACGUGGAUGGAGAAUAUCAAGAUCUUAGAGGAUUCAUGCAGAAAUGAGAAGCAAAAUAAGUUCAUUUCUUCACUACUCACCCUUGCUAUGAAGAUGAGCCGACAAAAAAAAAUGGAGAAAACACCAUUUAAGAUUAUGAUCCAGUCUUCCCGUGCUCCUAUUGCCAGACGCUUUUUGUACAUCUUAGCUCCCCUCCUACGUCCUUCAUUAGCUAGUUCGUCUGAUGAUAUGUUAGAACCGAAUCUACUUUUCCCUUCAUCCGGGAUGCUUUCAUCUCAAAGCUUACCAACUACUCCAAAUCAUUCCUCAAAAAACUUUGAAGACGUUUAUUCCUCAUCAAAUGUUUCGAAUUCAUCACAAGCAAUUGAUAUCCGAUCUACUAGGUCAUCAAAUCACGGCGUCAAUCGCAAGCCAUCGUUACGCAACUAUCUAGGAAGUUCUUGGAGGCUUAAAUUUAUGAGGAGUAGUUAUCAAAGCUCGCCAACUUGUCCGGAUAGUUCGGGUGCUAGUCCAAGCUCUAUUCCUAGAAAUCAAAAUCCUUUCGGAAGUUUUUCGCCAAUUUCCACCGACUUCACUUUUGGAUCUGAUAGUUAUGCAGGCCUGGAAUAUUUGGAAAUUUUUAAUGCAAAUAAAGAAGCCUUGAAAGGUUUACCUAAGACCAGGCUUGUACCUAACGGAAUGCUUCAGGUUGACCUACCUAUGAUUGACUUUCAUCGUGAUUCCACGAAAGCUCGUGUUCCUAAAUUGGUGCCUUCAGUGUCUCAGGCUGGUUUUUUGGGUGCCUUACAUCCUUGUUUUGAUUUACAGGCGGCACCGUUGGAUAGCUACAUUAUUCCAAACAGAGAAGAGUUUUUUGCAAGUACAUUGACAAACAUGUUAGAGACUAAUUUAACACCUAAAAAGGAAGAUGAUACUACUCUAUAUUCGCGGAUUGCAGUUGCAAACAUCGACGAAUGUAAUAUACAGUGUUAUGAACUCUGUGAAUUUCCUGUUAUGGAUGAAUGUUCUACGGAAGGUAAUGAAGAUUUUGUUUCAGAAUCAAACUUCAAAGUGUUCCGUGAAUCAAUAAUGACUUCGUUCAACGUUGAUCAUGGAUGUUUUUAUUCCCUCAAACGUUCUUAUCUUUUAUACGACUAUACUUAUGUGGAUGAUGAAUUUGUUAAUGUAGCAUUGACUGGCGACCUGAAAAGCAUAUUAGACUAUAUUAAUAAGACCGACGUUCAAUGUUAAUGAAAUGGUUUAUGCUAAAACUGUUACUCCAGUCGAAACGUACUUAGAUUUUGGAUCAUAUUCAUUCUUUUUAUGCGACUGAUUUUACUCAUUACUUUUUUGCUUAUGUUUAAAUUUUCUAUCAGAUAUAUCAAAGGAUCAUAAGACCUCUCUUGUUUAUAGUUUCACUUUUUCUUUUUACAUAAUCAAUGAAUACAUAUAUUUUGUUUAGAGGCUUGGAUGCUCUGAUCUUUUAAUGAGACA